UGCAUACUUAAGAGCUCGGAUUAUGAAAGGCGGCACCAGUUACUCAAACAGCCAAUAAUGGGUGCGAUCAAAGUGGUUUAUUUAGUGACAUUGUCCGUGCUCCUCUUGGACAUAGCAUGCGUUGAUGCACGAGCUAAUAAGCGUGCUGAUGCGCAUUCUGAUGAGCGAUCUGUUAUAAGUGGCAAUAAGCGUACUGAUGCGCAUCCUGAUGAGCGAUCCAGUACAGGUGGCAACAAGCGUGCUGAUGCGCAUUCUGAUGAGCGAUCUGUUACAAGUGGCAAUAAGCGCCUAGAGGCACAUUCUGAUGAGCAAUCUAACACGAGUUCUAAUGAAAGUGUUGAUGCACAGUCUGAUAAACGAUCUGGUACAAGUGGCAAUAAGCGUCUUGAUGCACGUUCUGAUGAGCGAUCUAACACGAGUUCUAAUAAAAGUGUUGAUACACAGUCUGAUAAACGAUCUGGUACGGGAGGCACUAAGCGUGUUGAUGCGCAUUCUGAUGAGCGACCUAAUGCGAGUUCAAAUAAGCGUGUUGAUGCGCAGUCUGACAAGGAAUCUGUUGCGAGUGCCAACAAGCGUGCUGAUGCACGCUCUGAUGAGAAUGUUGAUGACAAAUCAUCAGAGCAUCAGGAUGAGAAGUCGAGUUCAGACAUGAAAACCGAGCUGGGAGAUAUGAUCCUGCAACAACUGGACAAGACCAACGAAGAGCUUGCUUCCAGCGCAGAUCGACGCAAGGAUCAAGUCCCGAAAUUCCUGGAAAAAGUCAACUCGUGGGCCCAAACUCUAGACGAUCUGCAGCAGAUGAAGCAGUCUCUGAAUCGGUCUUUAACUUUCGCGGAGGGGAAGAUCAAUGCUGCGUACAAAGAAGUGAAAGACAAAUUAUGCGGUCAUCAUAAAACGGUCAAGGGGUACCUGGAUCUUUUCCCUUCGGCUGACCCUGAAGUGGCUAAACUGAUGACCAGCUCCGGCAAGAAGGGAACACAACAGGGGCUCGUUGUCAAAAAGCUCGAUGAACUACUGAAUCAGCUCCAAGGUCUACUAGCCCGCUACCGCCGCCAUAUGUCCCCUGAAGAGUUCGAGGACCCGAGCACCUUGGAUAAGUGGAAAGCGUAUUUCAUGAGGAAAAGCAGAGAGGCACAGGCCACUUUCAGCAUUGAGAUCGACAACAUCAAAGAAUCAGCAAGGAGCGUCCUGGAGGCAUUGUCCAACGCGAUCAUCAUUUCGAAUAACCUCAAAGCGGCUCCAAAAGGUGGCUUAGAACUCAAGAAUAGCAAGGACAAGGCAGCGUUUCUGAGAAUGGUGUCUCAGCUUGAUACUAAACUGGGCUGUAGUGUGAACCAGAAAAAAUAGUGUACCUAUAAUGAUUCGAAAAAGGCUCGAAUUUAAGCGAAUUGGGAAAAUUUUCUGACCCAUCGUCAUAUCCGAAAAAUUCGGAGUGAAUCGUAAGUAGAUCUCAAAGAUCUGUGUUACAAUAAUAAUCGUCUCCCUUUUUAAGAAAAUUUAUCGAAAGUUGAUGCUCAAAAACGCCUACUUCAAAUUGCUACGUUGAGGAUCUCCUUCUAAAUUUUAUUUUUUUAAAGGAAAACUGACCAACAAUUUCGCCUGAAAUUUUUUUCCAGAAUUUCUUUCACUCGUUCUAAGAAAAUUUAUAAAAUUGCAAGGGAACUUUUUGAUUAGUUUCCCUAGAAAAAAAUAAAACAUGGGCUGAGAUAUCUAAACUUUGCAAUUCAGGAACGCAUUUUUCGGACUCAGUAACCGCUGUCAAAGUUUCUGUAAAGUCCUGCAAUGUAUCAAGCUCAAAGUAUGUCAAAUAAUUAUGAACAUGUAACAUCAAACUAUUUUUUUAAAAUAAAUUGAAAAUUCUCAUACGUAAAGCUCUCUGUAAUGGAAUAUUUUUGAAUUUAAGAGUAAGUAAAUGUUGACCUUUCAGCCAAAA